CAAUGCUGAUCACAUGGGACCUGUACACUGAUCGUCAGGGCACUGAUGAUCAGUGUGCCCUGAUGAUCAGUGUGGCCCCAGAAGUGCCACCUGUCAGUGCUCAUCAGUGCCAGUGCCCAUCAGUGCCACGUGCCAGUGCCCAUUGCCACAUCAAUGCCACAUAUCAGUGCAUACCAGUGCACAUCAAUGACACAUAUCAGUGCCCAUCUGAGCUGCCUUUCAAUGUCACCCAUCAGUGCCAGCCAGUGCCACCUAUCAAUGCCAAUGUGCCACCUAUCAGUGCUGCCAAUCAGUGCCGCCUAUCAGUGCCAGUCAGUGCCACCUAUCAGUGCCAGUCACCG